AUGAUACGGAAGGCUCUAUUUGCAAAUUAUGUACGGCGGAAUACCCUAACACUGCGACGACAAUUUCAUCCGUCACAGGGCGCCAAGAAGGAUGUUAAAAAACUACCAUUAUUUUCCAUUGGUUUUGGUUGCUCCCUGGGCGGGCUCUUACUCUACGAUGGGGUAGUAAAUGAAUUUACAUAUUUUGGGGCAGCUACACGAUUUAUUCGUUCCCUCAAAACUGCUUCCCUAAUAUCCUACGAUUAUUUUAUGUUGGAUGAAAAUGAUCCGGAAUAUGAGAAAAACAUAAAAGUCGUACAUCAACGAAGUGCAGAUCGUUUGUUGGAAACAUGUUUACGAAAUGGUGGUCUUUACAUUAAAGUGGGUCAGGGAUUUGCUGCCAUCAAUCAUAUUUUACCCAAAGAGUACACCAGUACAUUGGCCAAACUUCAGGAUAAAUGUUUACCCACAUCUAAGGAAGAUGUCCAGCGGGUGUUUCAAAAGGAUUUCGGCACAAAUCCAGAGAAUUUGUUUCAAGAAUUUGAUUAUACCCCAGUGGCGGCAGCAAGUAUUGCACAGGUGUUCAAAGCCAAAUUGGAAACGGGGCAACAGGUUGCGGUUAAGGUCCAAUACAGUGAUCUGCAAAAACGUUUUGUCAGCGAUCUUGGUACCAUAAUCAUCUUACAUGACAUUGUGGAGUUUUUCUUUAAAAGUUAUAAUUUCGGUUGGAUCUUGCGCGAUGUGAAAAAGAAUUUGGUGCAAGAAUUGAAUUUCAUUAAUGAGGGCAAAAAUGUCGAACGGUGUGCUAAAGAUUUGAAAAUAUUAAAAUUUGUUCACAUACCCAAGGUAUAUUGGACGCAUACCAAAACGAGAGUAUUAACAUUGGAAUGGAUAGAUGGCAUCAAAAUAAGUGAUAUUGAAAAAUUGGAACGUACCAAAUUGAAUCUAAAGGACAUCGACAAGAAACUGUUUCAAAUGUUUUCCGAACAGAUAUUCAAUACGGGCUUUGUACAUGCCGAUCCACAUGCCAGUAAUAUCUUUGUUCGCAAAACACCCACUGGCAAGGCAGAAUUGGUCCUGCUUGACCAUGGAUUAUAUGAAGAGUUGCCCGGUAACAUACGAAAUAAUUUGUGUGAAUUUUGGGAAGCAACAGUAUUAAGAGAUGAGAAAAGCAUGCAAAGGGCCGCAAAUAAAUUGGGCAUCAAGGAUCAUAUGAAAUUUGCCGAGGUUCUUUUCCAGCAGCCCAUACGCAUUCACGGUGGUACCAUCAAAACAAAACUUAACGAAGAUGACAUUAAUUAUAUGCAACAAAUUGCCCAAAAGAAUUUCGAAAUGAUAAUGUCGACCCUCAAGGAAAUGCCAAGAAAUAUGUUAUUUGUUGUGAGAAAUUUAAAUACGGUACGUGCCAUAGGACGCAUGCAUGGUGAUGUUGUCAACAGGCCCAAGGUAAUGGCCCAAUAUGCACAAAAAUGUAUUUAUCGAAAUUACAAUAACGUCAUGGGAUAUUUUAAGUGGUUAUAUCGUCGUGUAUAUUUUGAAUAUUCAUUGUGGUCUUUUUCGUUUAAACGUUCCUGCCUAUCGCUGUAUUUUAAUUUACUAUACAAAUUGGGUCGUGCCCCAGCAUCCGCCAAAACAAUUCUAAAAGAUAUGGAACACCAACACAUAGAUUAA